AUGGCUAUCAAGUACAUUGCCAAGCACGGUAUUCAAAGCGAAGUUGAAAGCCCCUAUUUUGGCAAAGAGUCAAAGAACGCUACGUGCAAACGCGGCUCUAUAUUUGAUAUUCGACGUUUCGUGAAAGGACCAAAGAAAUUGCCAAAGUAUGAGGAAGCAAUGGCCGCAUGGGUGUUAAAGAAGGGACCAAUUGUCAUUACAAUGGCUGUUCCCAGUGCUUUCUAUUCGUAUCGUGACGGUGUCUUUAAUCCACCUUUUGAUUGCAAGAGCCAGAGCGAUGGAUGGCAUGCAGUGACGGUGGUUGGAUAUGGAGCCGACAACAACAAGCCAUAUUGGUUGAUUAAGAACUCGUGGGGAAAACGCUGGGGAAUCGACGGCUACUUCAAGCUUGCUCGAGGUAUCAACGCUUGCGGCGUCGCUGACGAUCCGACGGGUGUCAUCGUCAAA